GUGAAGGAGAAGGCGGGAAAAGACAGGAUGGAGCGGCAGGGAGUGGACCUGCCCCACGUAGAGUGCAAGGACCCGGAGCCACAGCCGCUGGGGGACAGCAAGGAGCGGCAGCAGGACGAGGAGAGCCGCGAAGAGGAAGCCGGUCGGGGGCCAGCCAGAAGUCAGGUUUCUAGCCCCUCUAUCGCCACCUCCAGUGCCAACCGCCAGCUGAUGAUGCUAGAAGGGAAGUCAGGACCCUACUUUUCCUCUCUGGACUCGAGCAUCGACAUCCUGAAGAAGAGGGCCCAGGACCUGAUUGAAAACAUCAACGAGAGCAGGCAGAAGGACCAUGCACUCAUGACCAACUUCAGGGACAGCCUCAAGAUCAAGGUUUCAGACCUGACAGAGAAGCUAGAAGAGCGGAUGUAUCAGAUUUACAAUCACCACAACAAGAUCAUUCAGGAAAAGCUCCAAGAGUUCACCCAGAAAAUGGCAAAGAUCAGCCAUUUGGAGACAGAGCUCAAACAAGUGUGCCACACCGUGGAGACAGUGUACAAAGAUCUGUGCAUCCAGCCUGAGGCUAUUACUGCGGAAGAAGAACAAACCCACAGAGAUGGUGAGAGCUGACAGCUUCUGGGAGAGUCCCCUCUUAGGCUCAGAGGCCACCAUUCAGGCCAUGCUGAGAAAAUUGUUUUUCACAGUUCUGUAAGGCAUCUUGGCAAAAAAAUGAAAUAAAAUGAAAUAAUCCAAAAGUC